CGGGCUAUCAGGGUUGGGCAAGAAGGAGCUGAGACCGGCAAAGCUGGCUUGGGCUGAGAAAUCUCAGCUUACCCUCUAGCCGGGCUGAUCUGGGCUGAGCUAAGGGACCUAGAGUUGCUGUGGUUUUGGGAAAACCCAACCACGCUUUGUCCGCCGCGCAAACACUCAGCCUUCUCCAUUUUUCUUUUGCCAAAGGCUCCCUCCAUCUCUCGGGUCUGCAAAUCCAAACUCCCUAUUAUAUUCUUAUUGGGUUACAUUUUGUUCUUGCUGCUCCAUCUUAAUGGACUGGUUUGCACUGAAGUUAUUGGGGGAAUGAUUUGUGUGGUAUAUGUGGUAGUGGCUGUAUGAGCUUAGAGAGGUUUACAGAUGGAUGAUGAACAAAGUUUCUGAAUUUUGCUUUUGCUCAUACAAAUUUUAUCUUCGAUUUUCAUACUUGGCUCAGAGGGUGACCUUUCUGUUCCUGUACAGGUUCUCUGCUUUUAUCGCCAAUCUUUCCUUCCCAACCUAAAGGCGAGAAUUGCUGGCAGGUUGAGAAGGCAGCAAGAGAAGAGCUCAACGAAUACUUAACUAGUGCUCUUGAGGUGAAUUCUGUAUAAUGUACCCCUGCAUUUGAAACCAUGAACAUCGCUACCUGCUUCAUCAAUGAGAGGCUGAUCAGUGGUGCUCAACCAGCUGAUCUAUAGUUGGAAUUGGAUGGGGUGGAAGAAAUAGUGAAAUGUUGAUUAGCAUAAGGUGCUGCUUUAUCAUGAUCUGUUGUGAAUGAUGCAGCUACUUCACCACACCAAGGUCAUCCCAAUGCUUUGUAAGCAACAUGGACGCAUGUGUGAGGCCAUCAAUAAGGCUUCUUCAGAACACAGGGAAGAGAUUGUUUUCCACUGCUGCUUUCAUACCAUAUAGAAUCGGCCCAGUUAGGCUAGCUGCACUAACAUCAGUUUGUUCGCCUCUUCUCAUUGUACCUGAUCUCAAUUUGUCAUGGACAGAGCAUUUCAGUCGGUAUUAUCGCUCAGACCACAAACGUAGUGAAAUCUCCACAUCAAAAAGAGAUUAUUCUAUAGAUCAGAAUGUGGCUCGAUCAAAUUGGCUCAUCUCCAAGCUCAGCAGAGAAGGGAAGAUUGCUGAGGCUCGUCAAAUUUUUGAUCGAAUGCCUAUGCGGGAUGUUGUUACAUGGACGGCUGUUAUCUCUGGGUACAUCAAAUGUGGAAUGGUAGAAGAAGCACGGCUUCUCUUUGAUGAAGCGGAUGCAAAGAAGAAUGUUGUCACAUGGACAGCAAUGUUGUCUGGCUAUAUCCAAUUGAACCAGAUUUUAGGAGCAGAGGAGCUUUUUAGACAGAUGCCUCACAAGAAUGUCAUCUCUUGGAACACUAUGAUUUCUGGAUAUGCACAGAAUGGUCGAAUUGAUUCUGCUUUUGAGCUAUUUCAGAAAAUGCCUGACAGAAAUGUUGUUUCUUGGAAUACAAUUAUAACAGCCAUGGCUCAACAUGGAAGAAUUGACGAAGCAUGGAAACUUUUUGAUAGGAUGCCCGAAAGAGAUGUUAUAUCUUGGACAGCAAUGAUUGCAGGUUUAUCACAGAAUGGGAGGAUUGAUGAAGCACGAGCACUAUUUGAUAAGAUGCCUCAGCGAAAUAUUGUUUCUUGGAAUGCCAUGAUAACUGGUUAUGCCCAAAAUCUGAGACUGGAUGAAGCUCUAGACUUGUUUGAGAGAAUGACUGAGAGGGACAUUCCAUCAUGGAACACGAUGAUUACAGGCCUUAUUCAGAAUGGAGAUCUAAGGAGAGCCAGGAAAUUAUUCAAUGAGAUGCACAUAAGAAAUGUUGUCUCUUGGACAACGAUGAUCACUGGAUAUGUUCAAGAUGAGCAGAGCGAGGAAGCUUUAAAGGUUUUCUCAGCAAUGCAGGCUGAUGGAAUCAAGCCUAAUCAAGGAACCUUCGUUAGCAUAUUAGGUGCUUGUAGCAAUUUAGCAGGGCUUGGUGAGGGAAGGCAAAUCCAUCAGAUCAUAAGCAAAACAGUUUUCCAGAAUAGUACCCUUGUACAGUCGGCCCUCAUAAGUAUGUACUCCAAAUGUGGGGAGAUAGAAAUUGCAAGAGAUAUGUUUGAUAGAUCAAUCCAAAAGGAUGUUGUAUCUUGGAAUGGAAUAAUUGCAGCCUAUGCACACCAUGGCUAUGGUAGAGAAGUGCUCCACCUGUUCAAAGAAAUGCAGAAAUACGGGUUCAAACCUGAUGAUGUCACUUAUGUUGGGGUGCUCUCUGCUUGCAGCCACUCUGGUUUGGUGGAUGAGGGUAUGAAGUAUUUCGAGGAAUUAAAGAAAGACGGAUCCAUUGAUGUAAGAGAAGAUCAUUAUGCUUGUUUGGUUGAUCUUUGUGGGCGAGCUGGAAGGCUUAAGGAGGCGUUUGAUUUCAUAGAGCAUUUAGGGACUAAGCCAUCUGCUAAUGUGUGGGGAGCUCUUCUUGCAGGGUGUAAUGUUCACGGGAAUGUAAAGAUAGGGAAAUUAGCUGCAAGGAGACUUCUAGAGGUGGAGCCAGAUAAUGCAGGGACUUACAUGUUGUUAUCAAACAUAUAUGCUUCAGCAGGGAAAUGGAAAGAAGCUGCUCGAGUGAGGUUGAAGAUGAAGGAUGAAGGGUUGAAGAAACAGCCUGGUUGUAGCUGGAUUGAGGUGGGGAAUAGAGUUCAUGUGUUUGUGGUUGGUGAUAAAUCUCAUAGUCAGAUUAAGCUGAUCUAUGCCAUUCUCAAUGAUCUUCAUAUGAAGCUGAAGAAGGCUGGUUAUGUUCUUAAUAAGGAUUUGAAUUUGGAUGAGGGUUUUUCAAUAACAUAACUUGAAAGUAGAAGACUUCAGGAUCAUAGGUCAUAGCAUUGGUAAGAUUAUUGUAGCAAGCUUGAAUGCUUGAUUGGGGAUGUGGAGGUUGCUGAUUUACUGGCUCUAGCAUGAGUUAUGGGCCAUUUAUAUGGUUAGUUAGCUGCUUUGCAUCAUUGUUGGUGUAGAGUAGCUUCAUAGCAAUCACUGUUAUAUAUACUGAUAUAUACUGAUCCUUGUUAACGUUCGUUGCCAUUUGAUUCAUUGUACCAUUGAAGAAUUCAGGUGUAACUUUUGUACUCUCUUGGAAAGGAAAAAAGAAUGAUUUUUUCUUGGGCCUUCUCA